CACUUUCCUUCGCGAAAAGCUCGAUUUUUCUCACGAGAGCUCCGCUUCCCGGAAGACCACUUCCGCCUCCUCUCUCUCUGUGGCUCCAGAGAAUUCGGAGUUCAAGGGAAGGGGGAUUUCGAGGGGCGGAGGUGGAUUUACUGAAGGGAAAUGGGGGACGGGAAGGCGAUGGGGAUGGGGGAGGGGAAGGGAUGGUGGAAGGGGAUGAGGGUGUUUACGCCGGAGUACUACGCGGUGUGUGCGGUCGGCGGGAUGCUGAGCGCUGGCACGACACAUCUCGCCAUCACGCCGCUUGAUGUCUUGAAGGUUAAUAUGCAGGUGAACCCUGUGAAGUAUAAUAGCAUUUUCUCGGGUUUGAAUAUCCUUGUAAAGGAACAUGGACCCUCAUCCCUUUGGAGAGGCUGGGCUGGAAAAUUUUUUGGAUAUGGUGUUCAAGGUGGCUGCAAGUUUGGGCUCUAUGAAUAUUUCAAAAAGAUGUAUUCUGACGUAUUGGUAGGAUAUAAUAGAAGUAUUAUCUUCUUUAUCAGCAGUGCAUCUGCUCAAGUAGUAGCAGAUGUUGCCCUUUGUCCUUUUGAAGCAGUCAAAGUACGCGUUCAGACGCAACCCAAGUUUGCAAAGGGCUUGAUCGAUGGUUUUCCGAGGGUUUUUGCCUCUGAAGGCUUAUCUGGCUUUUACAGAGGACUUUUACCACUUUGGGGCAGGAAUCUUCCGUUUUCUAUCCUUAUGUUCUCAUCAUUUGAGCACACUGUAGACAUAUUAUACCAUAAUGUUAUCCAAAAGAAAAGGGAGGACUGUUCUAGAGCUCAACAACUUGGCGUAACUUGUAUAGCUGGUUAUACCUCUGGGGCUAUUGGCACCAUUGUUUCAAACCCUGCAGAUAAUAUUGUUGCUUCUCUUUACAAUAAGAAGGCUAACAGUGUCCUGCAGGCUGUGAAGAGCAUAGGAUUUCCAAAUUUGUUUACGAGAAGCCUUCCUAUACGUUUCACACUUGUAGGACCUGUUAUAACAAUGCAGUGGUUCUUCUAUGACACUAUUAAGGUGUUAACUGGAUUGCCAACGAGUGGAGGUCUUGCUAAUGAUUUGGACGAAAUCAACAGCUUAAGUUGAUGUUCUGACUCCAAAGAAUGCUGAUAGAUUAUUUUUGAAAGUCGGACACAAGGGGGCUGCUACCUCCUUCCAUUUUUGCUGAAUCAUGGAAGUGACCGGUAUUUUCAUCAGGUAUAACCAAUAAACUCUUCAGUGGUUGGGCAACCCCCCUGUGAUGAUUUAGAUUAAUUGUCGUUGGAUAUUCUGCUACCAGUCUGCCUAAACUGACAUGCCGACCAUGCAAAAUAUUUUUUGGGGGUCACACCUCUCUUUGCGUUUUAAACAUGCGGUGCUUUUAAGCAACUAUUACAUCAGCUACUUAUCACAGAUUCUGAUAUACAACACUUGUUUACAGUGGUUUAUAUCAUUUAUACACGUGAUCAGUUUAUUCUUUUUCUUGUAAUAAAUGCUCAAUGUAUGUGCUUAUUAUGUGGGGAAGUUGAACUCAUCCAUAUGUAUAUUUGUUCUCCGACACCAUGUUCAGAAUAUUAACCUGUUUUUGUUCUGGCUUGGAGCUGCAA